AUGUAUCCCGGGUUGAUGAGGACCUUCAACAUCCACAAUCCGCAGAUGGCAAUCUUUUUCGGUCAGACCGAGUCCGAGUCCGAAUCCGAAUCCCAUGACAAGCAGACGCCACCCAGACCCGAACUUUCAAGUGAAUUUCCCGGGGCGGGACACGGUGUUUCCCAGCAACACGGAUACGCUGCGCUGCGCAUUCGAAUCUUCAACGAUGCUGGAAAAGUAGAAUGA